AUGGCAAAGGGUGGAGGAUCGCAGCUCUCGCAGCUCAAGUCCAAGCUCCACGCCGCCGGCGUCGGCGACAGGCGGCAGCAGUCGAAAAAGUCCAAGCUCAGGCGAGGGGGUCAGGACGAAAAGGACGCUGCCGCCGCCAGACGCAACAAGAUCGCCAACAUCACCUCCUCGCUCAACCCCUUCGACGAGAAGGUCACCAAGCCCAAGCAUGAGGUCCUCGGCAGGAAGGUCAAGGGCGCCGUCGGCCGGCCCGGGGCCGCAAAGGCGAGCGGCCUCGCGCAGCGCAGGGCGUCGCUGCUGCCAGAGUGGCAGGCGAGGAACAAGAGCGGAUCCUUCAUCGACCGCCGCUUUGGCGAAAACGACGCCAACAUGACGCCCGAGGAGAGGAUGCUCGAGCGAUUCACCGCCGAAAAGCAGCGUCGAGCGUCCAAGGGUGCCAUGUUCAACCUCAACGACGGCGACGACGAGGUCCUCACCCACUACGGCCAGAGCCUGAGCGGCUUCGACGACCUCGCCGACAUCGGGCUGCCCGACGAGGACGACGAAGGUAACAUGGACGGGGCCAACCACUUUGGCGGCUUUGACGAGGACGGCGAGGACGACGAUCCGGACCGCGUCAAGACCAAGGCCGAGGUGAUGCGUGAGGUCAUGGCCAAGUCCAAGUUCCACAAGCUCGAGCGGCAAAAGAUCCGCGACGAGGAUGAGGAGCUCCGGAUGCAGCUCGACGACGACCUCGGCGGCAUCCGCGACCUCCUCUUUGCUCAGCCAACGACCACCGAGGCACCCGCUGCUCCCGAAACGCCCGCAGCUCCUCGGGCCCCGGCGCUCGACAAGGGCAAGGGCAAAGCUGCCGACAAUGCGCCGACGGCCACAGCAGCAGGCGAGGAGAACCGGCCGCUAAUCGAGCCCAAGGUCGCCUCGAACUCCUACGAUGCCUUUGUCAAGGAGCUGGCGUUUGAGAAGCGAGCCAAGCCCCAGGACCGUCUCAAGAGCGAGGCCGAGCUGGCCGCCGAAGAGGCCAAGCGUCUGAUGAAGGCGGAAAAGGCCCGCCUCAAGCGGAUGCGGGCCGACAGCGACGACGAGGGCGCCUCCUCGGACGAAGAGGGCGGCCGCGGCAAGCGGAGGAAGAAGGGCGACAAGAAGUCCAAGGCGCGAGCCUCGGGAGCCGAUGACCUCGACGACGACUUUGAGCUUGACGGCAUCACGGCGGGCGAGGCGUACGGCCUGGGCAAGGGCCUCCGCACCGAGGGCAGCGAGGACGAGGACGAGGAUGAGGACGACGGGGAGAGCGAGGGCGAUGAGGACCAGGAUGAGGACGAGGAAGGCGAUGAGGAAGGAGACGCGGAAGACGAGGGCGACGACGAAGAGGGAGACGAAGACGACUUUGCAGACCUUGCGGAUGUCGACGGUCUCGCCGUUGCUGGCGAAGACGAGGAGUCCGAGGAGGAGGGCGACCACGAGGCGCUCACGGGCAGCGUGUCGGCGGCCGAAAGGAAGGCCGCAAAGACCGGCAGCAAGAGGAAGCAGGCCAUGACCAAGGAGGAGGCCAGCAAGCUGCCCUACACGUUUCCCUGCCCGUCCUCGCAUUCGGAGUUCCUCGCCAUCCUCGACGAGCACCGCAUCGAGCCCAAGUUUGUCCCCACCGUCGUCAAGCGGAUCCGCACCCUCUAUCACCCCAGCCUGCACGAGGACAACAAGCACAAGCUGCAGGCCUUUAUCGGUGUUCUCAUCGACCACGCCAUCCACUCUGCGGCGGUGGCGGGCGCCGACAAGGAGGACAAGAUCGCCGUCGCGCUCGUCAAUGCGCUCAUCCCGCAGAUUUUUUCGCUCUCGCAGGCGUACCCCCUGGCCUCUUCGCAGCACUUUGUGGGCAAGCUGGCGUUGAUGCAGCGGAACCUGUCGCGCGGGCUCGCCAAGGGCGCCGUGUCGGCCGAUGCCAGGACGUGGCCGAUGCUGCCGGAGCUGACGCUGCUCAGGAUCGCCGGCACCGUGUGGCCGACGUCGGACAGGCAGCACCCGGUCGCCACGCCGCUCGCGCUCCUCAUCGCCCAGUACCUAGGCCAUGCUCGGGUCCGCUCGCUCACCGACCUGGCCUCCGGACUCUUCCUGUGCUCGCUCGUGGCCUCGCACGAGAAGGACAGCAAGCGCGUCUUCCCCGAGGCCGCCAACUUCCUCUUCAAUUGCAUCGCUCUCCUUACUACGCGAUCCGAGGAUGGCCGACGGACAGUGUCGACGACCGCAGAGCACUACGGUAUCCCGACUCCGGACCUCGGCGCUCCGCACACGGCCUCGCUUCCUCUCACCGCCGAGGAGAGCGCACAGGCCUCGACCGUCGACGACGGACCCACAGAUCUCUUGGACCUGCUGUCGCCUGCUCCAAGCCUCGAGGUCGGCGCGAUCAAGGCGCAGCUCCUCCGACUGGCCCUCGAGCUGACCGCCGAGUUCGCCAAGCUGUACAGCGGCAGCACGGCGUUCGUCGAGCUGUUUACGCCCUCGCUCGACCUGCUGGCCAGCGUGGAUGCUGCAUCGCUGCCCGAGUCGCUGGCGGAGCGUCUCAGGGCCAUCGAGGCGAGUCUGGAGCGCCAGGUGCGCAUGUCGGCCUCGUCGCGGCGCUACCUGCGGCUGCAGGCGCACCGGGCGAUCGCGAUCGCGUCGUACGUGCCCAAGUUUGACCAGCAGGGCUUCAACCCGGAGCGCAAGGGCGGCUACGACCCGGACACGGAGCGUGCCCAGGCGGCCAAGCUGCGUGCGCUCAUCAAGAAGGAGAAGAAGGGCGCGAUCCGCGAGCUGCGCAAGGACAACCAGUUCCUCGCCGAGGAGAGGCGCAAGGAGCAGGCGGCCGAGGACCAGAGCUACCAGAAGAAGAUCAAAAAGAUCAUGUCGACGCUCCAGGACGAGCGCAGCGAGCAAAAGCAGAUGGAGCGCCAGAAGGCCACGCUCAAGAAGCGCGCGGGCAAGAAGUAG